GCAAUGGACAAAACUUUCUUAUCAGAUUUUUUAAUCGUAGAAACUAGAAGCACCACAUUCUCUACACACUUCUUUAUUUAUUCAUGCUAACUAUCGUUCUCCACACAUUUUAGUUUUUGUGUCACUUCAUGCAGUUCAUAAUUCAUAUUUAAACUAUAUAUUAUCUUCUCCUUAUCAUAUAUAUUCGUUAUUAUUGAAUUCUGGUAAAAGCUCUGCAGUGAAGCCAUGGCAAUCGAGCCUUGGUAUAUGGACGAAAGCAAUGAAGAUCCAAGGCUUCCUCAUCAUCAAAAUCCUAUAAAUUAUGUUUCCACCGAGACCCUUAUUGAAAUUGGUGUUUUGUAUUGGAAAUUGAAUGCCAAGAACUACGAAAAUGAUCCUGAAUUGGAGAAGAUUAGAGAAGAGAGGGGCUAUAAUUAUUUUGAUAUACUUGAUCUGUGCCCAGAGAAGGUGGAGAAUUAUGAGCAGAAGCUGAAGAAUUUCUACACAGAACACAUCCAUGCAGAUGAAGAGAUACGGUACUGCUUGGAGGGAAGCGGGUAUUUUGAUGUGCGAGACAAGGCAGACCGCUGGGUUCGGAUUUUGGUGAAAGAAGGUGAUAUGAUUAUACUGCCAGCUGGAAUCUACCAUCGUUUCACUCUUGACACCUCGAAUUAUGUGAAGUUGAUGCGGCUUUUCAAGGGAGAACCAGUGUGGACGCCAUACAAUCGACCACAGGAAGAUCAUCCAGCUAGAAUGGAAUACAUACAGAAUUUGACAGAGAAAGUGGGCGUGCCUGUUGCCGCUCAUUAGCCAUUCGAGCCUACAUUAGUAUUUCUAUGGGUCUUAAUUACAUAUGCCAUUAUAUUACUCUAAGCCUUGAUAUGUUAGUGCAACGGCUGUGUGUAAUGUGGCUGCAUCAUCGUGUGCUAUGAAGCAGCAAGUAAUUAAAUGUGAAAUCAAACAUGAUUCCAACUCUUUUCUAAAAACCUAGUUCCGUGGACUUUAGUAGUUUCCUAGUUCUUUUACGGCCCGUUUGGUAGUUGGUCAUAAAUGAUGGUAAUGGGAGUGAAUUUGUGUGUAAAUUUGUGUAAAAUAUCAUUGUCCAUUACCAUAGUAAUGUUAAUUUAUCCUAAAGUGUCCACUUUCCUUCUUGAAUUUUCAUUCCCAUCCAAUACCACCUUGUAGGGUGGUAAUGAAUGGUAAUGAAAGUUGCUUCCCCUUGGAGACAAAAACACAAGUUUAGGGGUGCCCCAUAAUCAACUAAGAGCAUCCAAGAACACAAGGUAUCCAAUGUUGUUUCAUUGCCUUGUACACUUAAGUCCAUUUAUGUAUAAAUGUUCCAACAAUUCUUGUAAUAGCCCUGUUUUUAAGAAUGUUUAUUUAGAAGUUAAUUAUAAUUAUUAAGUUAAUUAUUUUUCGGAUA